CAAAUCUUUAUUCCAGUCCCCAACCUAACACUGCAUAACCCAAACGGAAUAACCCGGUCUUACGUCUCCCAUCAAGCUUCGGAACCCGAGCUGUCCACCGUAGGUCCCACUGAAUAUCUCACGGCAUAAACCCUCCUUUCCCCCGACGGUAUAGCGAAUAUUCCUUCCCUACUUCCCUUCGCUCCUCUUUAAAAUCCUCCCGUCCUCUCUCGACUCCUCGCCUGCACCUCCAAAUCCCCCCAAAACCUAACUUUCUGAUCCAAGUUUGAUAGCAUCAAUGGCUCUCAAGGCCGUUCACGUCUCCGAAGUCCCCAGUCUCGACCAGGUCCCCAAGGGCCCCACCCUCGCCCUCUCCUCCUCCUGUCUCCCCAAAGGGACGGAGGGGGUGAAGUCGGCGUUCAAACCGGCGAAGUUCGUCGUCAUCGGGCACCGGGGGAAGGGGAUGAACGCUUUGGCGUCGCCAGACCGCCGGAUGAAGGAGAUUAAAGAGAACUCCAUCCUCUCCUUCAACGUCGCCGGUCGUUUUCCAGUCGACUUCGUCGAGUUCGACGUCCAGGUGACCAAAGAUGAUUGCCCAAUUAUCUUCCACGACAACUUUAUACUCACAGAAGAGGAUGGCGAUAUAUCUGAGAAGCGUGUGACUGAUCUUACGUUGGAUGAAUUCCUCUCUUAUGGGCCCCAGAGAGAGUCUGGGAAGGUGGGAAAACCAUUACUCAGAAAAACCAAGGAUGGGACGGUGUUUCAUUGGAAUGUGGAAGUCGAUGACCCUCUCUGCACUUUGGAAGAAGUAUUUCAGGGGGUUGAUUCGCAUCUCGGGUUCAACAUUGAGCUGAAAUUUGAUGACAGUCUUGUCUACCAAGAAGAACAGCUUACUCACAUUCUCCAAGUAAUUUUACAAGUGGUCUACAAGUACGCUAACGAAAGACCAAUAAUCUUCUCAAGCUUCCAACCUGAUGCAGCACAAUUGAUAAGGAAAUUGCAGGGCACUUACCCUGUGUUUUUCCUUACAAAUGGUGGAUCAGAGAUCUACAGUGAUGUGAGGAGGAAUUCUUUGGAUGAGGCCAUUAAGUUGUGCUUGGCAGGCGGCCUGCAAGGGAUAGUAUCUGAAGUUAAAGCCAUCUUUAGAAAUCCAUCGUUGAUUCCUAGAAUAAAAGAAUCCAAUCUGGCACUCUUAACCUAUGGUCAACUAAACAAUGUUCCAGAGGCAGUAUAUAUGCAGCAUUUGAUGGGAAUCAAUGGUGCUAUUGUUGAUUUGGUUCAAGAGAUCACUGAAGCUGUUUCAGAUUUCAUUAACCCGGAGAAGACGGGAGAUGAAAGCCUGUCUAAUUCAGUAAGGGAGGGAAAGGCAAAGGUGGCAACAAAGCCAGAGUUCUCGCAGCGCGAGCUUUCGUUUUUGAUGCGGCUCAUACCUGAAUUGGUGCAACAUUAGUCAAGCAAUGUUGUUGUUGCCACUAGUCUAAGCCUUUCUAGGUACUUACGUUGUUGUAUAGAAUUCUAUCGUACUCGUAUGCAUCGAAGAUGAGAUCUCCUCCUACUCUUAAUAGAAUGAACACCACGGCUUUUGUAUGCUGAGCCUCUUAUUUUUUCCUCUCUUUCUGGGUAUCAUGGUCAUAGUGUUCUAAAGCUGAAAAGGUGAGCAUAUUGGAGUGAUGUGGAUGGAGCUGUUAAUAGUGGAUUGAUGAUUUGAACAAAUUAUUUUUGAUAGAGUUAUCCAAUACGGUCAAUGUAUUUUAGUU